AUGUUGUCUUUCUUUACUCGUCUCGCUGCCGCUGGCCUUUGUGCCGCGUCCCUGGCAAAUGCUGCUCCAGCUCUUGCUGAGCAGUCCAGGAUCGAGCGGAGAGACAUCUCUCAGGAGCUUUUUGACACUUUUCAGCUGAUGGAGCAAUACGCUGCCGCCGCCUACUGCCCGGACAACAACGAUAGCCCUGACACCAAGUUGACCUGCGAUACCGGAAACUGCCCGCUUGUUGAGGCUGCGGAUGUCACGACCGUCAGCGAGUUUGAGAACUCUCUCAUUACCGAUGUCACUGGCUACGUUGCAGUCGACACUACCAACUCCCUCAUCGUCGUCUCCUUCCGCGGCUCCGGCUCCGUGCGAAACUACCUCGCCGACUUCAACUUCCCCACCGUCUCCGCACCCGAGAUUUGCACCGGCUGCCUGGCUUUCUCCGGCUUCUGGAUCUCGUGGACCGAGGCCCGCACCGGCGUGCUGGCAGCGGUCAAGGAGGCGGUCGCCGCGCACCCGUCGUUCCAGAUCGUCAGCGUCGGCCACAGCCUGGGCGGCGCCGUCGCCGUCUUCGCCGCCGCGGAGCUGCGCAACUCCAACUACAGCGUCUCGCUGUACACGUUCGGCCAGCCGCGCAUCGGCGGCUCCAAGAUCAGCGACUACAUCACCAACCAGGGCGACAACUACCGCAUCACCCACAAGAAGGACCCUGUUCCUAAGCUGCCGCCCAUCGUGCUCGGCUACGUGCACGUCAGCCCUGAGUACUACCUCACCGGCGCGAACGACGAGGAGGUGACGAUCGAUGGUAUCGAGGGGCCGCUCGAGGGGAGCGUUAACCUUAAGGGAAAUACUGGCAAUCUGGGAGUUGAUUUUGAUGCACAUGGAUGGUAUUUCGGCAACAUUUCGAUUUGUAGGCCGGAUGUCUUCGAGUUCAAGAAGAGGGAUGUUUUCAGCAUCCCGUUGAGGGUUUGA